AUGUUGAAGCCACUGUCGACAUCCAUUUUCUUCACACUGCUUGUUGCUAUUGGGCACAUUGCAACUACCGUGGCUGCAGUUGAGGUUGCAGCAGAGGGUGGAGAGCAUGUGAUUGAGUUAUACAUGCACGACAUUCUUGGUGGAAGUAGCCCAACAGCUAGGCCGGUCACUGGCUUGCUAGGGAACAUCUAUAGUGGUCAAGUGCCCUUCGCUAGGCCAGUUGGGUUCCUUCCCCCAAAAGGUGGGGUUGCUAUCCCCAAUGCCAAUGGCGCUCUUCCAACCGUGAACACCAAUGGCAUCCCUCUAGGAACUGGCUUAGCAGGCACAAACUUUGUUGGAAAUCCUAAUCGUAAUAAUGGUAGACCUGCAACCCAACUAGGACCCGAUGGGCUGGGACUAGGCUUUGGAACGAUCACUGUCAUUGAUGAUGUGUUGACCUCCGGGCCUGAUUUGGGGUCCCAGCAAAUGGGGAAAGCUCAAGGAGUCUAUGUGGCAAGCUCCGUAGACGGGACAACUCAGAUGAUGACAUUUACUGCAAUGAUCGAAGGAGGGGAAUACGGGGAUAGCAUCAACUUUUUUGGUGUGUACAAGAUUGGGAGCACCAUGUCACGUUUGUCUGUGACGGGUGGGACAGGCAAGUUUAAGAAUGCUUGUGGGUUUGCAGAGAUAAGGCCACUCAUACCAUCCGGACAACAUGUCACAGAUGGUGUGGAAACACUGCUGAGGAUUACCGCCCAUCUAAGCUACUGA